UAUUCAGUACGUAUUCACCUCCUCUGCAAUCUUCCCCUGCUUCCUCCCUGUUUCCUUGGCUUCCCUCCAUCUCCAUCCUCCACAGCUCUUAAACCCGUGUCACCACCACAGACUGUCCAAGUCCAAGAAGCCAACCCAGGACCAGCGAAAUGGAGCUGAGGAUGUCUCCCGCCUCGCCGCCCCCGCCGUCGAAGGACUUCCGGCUCGACAGCGCCGCCACGAGCCCGUACGCCACGGCGCCGUCCAGCCCGCACGGUCGCCUGGGCACGAGCCCGUUCGGUGGCCCCGCUGAGGGAGCGGCAGGCAGCGCGUUCUUGACGGCGCCGCCAUCGCCGAACCCGUUUGACGUCCUGCCGCCGUCCACCCCGCACCUCACCGGCGCCAACCCGUUCGACCUCUUCCAUCACUUCACCAGCGCGCCAGCCAGCCCCAGGCGCACCGCCGCGAUAUACGCGCACUUCGCCGAGGGGAACGGCCGUGACGGUGAGCAGGAGCAGGAAGGCGAUGUGGAUGAGUUCCAGCCGCGCGCGUCAUUCGCCUCGGCCGUGCCGUUCGACUGGGAGGAGAGGCCCGGUACGCCCAAGAGGGGGCUCGGUGGCGGCGGCGCCGCGAACGGGGUGGCGUGGGACACAGACUUUGAGUUCGGCACGUUCGUCGACAAGUCCGCGCCGGCGGGGACGCUGACGACGGCCGAUGAGCUCUUCGAGCAGGGCAAAAUCCGGCCUUUGAAGCCGCUGCUCAGGACAGCCGACGAGCCCGUUGACAAGGGCAGGAUCCGUCCGCUGAAGCCGCCGCCAGGGCUGCUCGACGGCGGGAGCGUCGGGUCAUCGCCGCGGUCGCCGAUAACGAGAGCCGGCAUGUGGUCGCCGCAGCGACGGAGCAGGGUCGGCUCCAGCGUGGACUUCGACCCGUUCACCGCCGCGCUGGUGGAGGCGACCAAGGUGCCCUCCCCGCUCGGUGGCAAGGAAGCAGCCGGCGACGUCUCCUCAGGCUCGCUGCCCAAGAAACCCACCACCCGUCCCGCCUCGAGGAGCGCCGGGUGGAGAAGGUGGCGGCUCAGCGACCUCCUCCUGUUCCGGAGCUCGUCCGAAGGCGGCCGUGUCAACAAGGAUCCGAUCUUCAAGCCGGUGCAACAACUUGACGUGCCAGUCAAGAAGGCGAGCGCGCAGCCUACGACGACUGCCAAGGCCAACGACAAAGGCGACGACAUGGGCAAGGCCAAGGAGCAGGGCAACAGAAGCGCUGCCGCCGCGGCGGAGGGCGUCGCCGGGUGCGCCCGGCUGAGCCCGCUGCAGCGUCUGGCCAAAGGGCUCGGCUCGUACUCGUGGCACUACGGCCGCGGCAUGGCAGCGCCGGGGGCCAAAGGGUGAAGAAUUUGUGGCGUUAACCGUAUUGAUUUGCCCGGUUGUUGUUCAUACAACGUGUGUGUGUGUGUGUGUGUGUUUUUUUUUUUUUUUGGCAAAGCUUUGUGAAACCAUGUACAAGUACAAUUUGGCGCCAUUUCUGUUCUUGGUGUUGGUCUCUCUCUUUUUGGAGCUUGACAGUACUAUAAUCAUGUACUACUAUUUGGGUAUAGAAGAGAUUAUAUGACGAUGACAGAUUGUUCA